GCACCAGACCAUGACGUCAUUGGAGGAUUUUAUUCAGUGUUUUGUGUGACCGUAGCGCAGGUGUUUCCGUCUUAUUUCGGCGAAUUUUUCCCACUUUUGGACGAUUCCCGUCGAACAUUCCGAGUUUUCCCCAUAGAAGAGACACUAAAGGAAUAAGUUUGAGGGAUAGGAUCGAGUUUUAGGGAGUUAUCAAGGUUUCAUUAGGUGAAAACCGACAAGAAGGUUCGGGAUUUGGAAAGGAUGGGCGCCAUCUUGGGAACUCUUGGUUUAGGCAGCUGUGCAGCUUCGCUGGCAUGUUGCUGUACCAGUGCAGCAUGCAGCCUGUGCUGUUCAGCCUGUGGGAAGAGUAAGAACUCGGUGGUGACACGGAUCGCCUACGCCCUUUUCCUGCUGCUGGGCAUGCUGGUGGCCUGCCUCAUGCUGGCACCUGCUGUGCAGGACGGACUCAAAGAUUUUCUGAAGACCCCACAAAUCUGUGACCCCACCAUAAUCCAUGAUAGGCUGGUGGAUUGUGACACCAUUGUACGCAGUGUGACGGGAUACCUCGCGGUUUACCGUGUCUGCUUCGGCCUGGCCGGCUUCUUCUUCCUGAUGAGCCUCCUCAUGAUCAGUGUGAAGAGUAGUAAGGACCCCCGCGCCGGCAUUCAGAAUGGAUUCUGGUUCUUCAAGUUCCUGGCAGUGAUCGGCAUCUGUGUUGGAGCUUUCUUCAUCCCCAGGGGUGCUUUUGGAUCAGCCUGGAUGUACAUUGGCAUGAUUGGUGCAUUCCUGUUCAUCCUCAUCCAACUGGUUCUCCUGGUGGACUUUGCUCACUCCUGGAACGAGUCCUGGGUGGAGAAGAUGGAAGAAGGCAACUCCAAGUUCUGGUACUUUGCCCUGCUGGCCUGCACAUUCCUGUUCUAUGGUCUGGCCAUUGCUGGAGUCGUGGUCUUCUUCAUUUACUACACUGUGCCCGAUGGUUGUGCCACCAACAAGUUCUUCAUCAGUUUCAACCUGAUUCUGUGUGUCAUCGCUUCUGUCAUCGCCAUCCUACCUAAGGUCCAGGAAGCCCAGCCACGUUCCGGUCUGCUCCAGGCUUCAGUCAUCACCCUGUACACCAUGUACAUCACCUGGUCUGCCAUGACGAACGAGACAAGCAGCAAAUGUAACCCCAGUCUGCUGCAGAUCGCGGGCCUGACUCCGAUCCAGAACGGCACGCAGCCCAGUUCCACCAUCGCGCCCGUCGCACCAACCAGCGUCUUCCUGGGCAUGGACGCUCAGGGCAUUGUGGGACUGGCUGUGUUCUUCAUCUGUGUCAUGUAUGCCAGCAUCCGCACCUCGUCCAACAGCAGUGUGAACAAGCUCACCAUGUCGUCGAACGAGAGCACACUGCUGUCCAACAGCCAGGCUCCAAGUGAGUAUGGUACCAGCGAUGUGGAGAAGUCUGUUGUUGAAGACCUUGAUGAUGACGCCCCUACCAUUGAUAACGAGAAGGAUGGUGUGAAGUACAACUACUCUUUCUUCCACUUCAUGUUCAUGCUGGCCUCCAUGUACAUCAUGAUGACACUCACCAACUGGUACAGCCCGGACGGGUCCAACUUCAACAACCUGCAGCCCAACCAGCCGGCUGUGUGGGUGAAGAUCGUGUCCAGCUGGCUCUGUAUCCUGCUGUACGUCUGGACGCUCGUCGCGCCUAUCGUGCUGCCCGACCGUGACUUCGACUGAACACGAUAACCUCACUACACCGACGGAUGUUUCACCAAUCACUCAAUGUCAAACGUUAUUGCAUAGACUGGGUAUUAGUCAAGUUAUAUAAAAAGUAUGAUAUCAGAAGAUGCCUUUUUUAGUAGCUGGACAAGAUUUACUGGCAAUUUUAAUUGUUAGACACACAAAUAUGUGACAAACUUAACAGCACUACAUUACAUCCUUGUAAUGAUAAGGAUUUAAAUGUGUAUGAAGAGUGUCUUAAUUUGGAAUUUCAACAGAAGAACAAGCAAGAAGUCCUGCCAUCAAACAUUACAUACUAUAUGAAGAUAUACAUUACAGGUCAAUUAUAAGGUAAACAGAUUUUGCUUGUAUGAAAACUUAGACAAACAACAUAAGACUAAACAUGCUGCUCAACUUGGAGUGGACACACAAUAAGAUUUUAUAAGUUAUCUUUAAAGUUACUAGUAUUAUAGAGACUAAUGCUCAAGAAGUCAUAUCUAAAGAUCUUGCUGAGGUGCGUUAGCAUUUUUUACUGUAUAUAUGUUAGCUCCUAGUAUACAACACAUCAAAGGAUCUUAAGAACAGUUGGAAUGGUAUCAACAGCAACUACAAAAAUCCUGACUCCGUUGUUCUAACAAUAAGAAGCAUACUUAACAGUAUGACAUCAGAAACCAUGAUGUAAAAAUGAAUGUUUUUUGUAAUGUUACCUUAACUGUAGAUCUUGCCAUGGAAAGGAUUUUGCUGCUUUUGAAAAUGUGAAGAUACUUAAAAGUACAGGUAUGGAAGAGAUGGUCAUUUUACUGUUUGAUAUUAUUUGUGUAUAUCAGAUAUGUGGUAUAAGUGUUUAGGCCUGGAAGUGAAAAUAUACCCGUGUGAACUGAAACUUGACAACUGUAAGAGUAUAUAUUGGUGUAUGGUUUGUACAUGGAACAAUGGGUUAAUGUGAUUGAUGGACAAAAGUUUUUUUUUUUUCCUUAAAAAUGCACAAGUACCAAUUGAAUUAUACAAUGUAACUUCAACAGUGCUCUGUAUGUAAUGUGAUAUGCUUGGUGUAAGUAAACUAACUAUACAAUUGUGCAGAUUUGUGGAAAGAGUUUCGUUCUAUGCAUAUGAUUGGAGACAAAAUCGUAGCAUGCAAUAACAUGUAAUAUUUUAGAACCAUGGCGUGUAUUUACAUUGGGUAUUACAUGUGCUUGUACCGCA